CAUAUUUCUCUCUCUAAAAUUUCGCUCUAGGAAAAACAGAAAAAAUCUUGGGUUGUCCGAAAAUCCGUGAGCUGAAGCAGAAGCUUAAACUUUUGCUCUUUUGCUAACCCAAGCAAUAUCAACAUUCUUCUGUCACUGUCAGUUGCUUUUAGAUUUAUUUACUUAUAUUUGAUAAAAUUCUCAAUUAUUUCAUUUUCGAGAUCACGGGGCAGUUGAACGACCUUGUUUUAGUCAAAAUCGACGGUUACGAUUGCAUGCCCGACGACCGGAGUUCGUUCCCCUCGCCAGAGCGACCGCCUGGACGACGUCGUUGGAAUCUAUGUGUAUUGGUGAGAUUAGGAGGCUAGGGUUUGCUGAUUCCGUUGGAUGCCUAUUGGGUGCAGGAUAAAUGCUUCUUGCCGGGGAUCUAGGGGUUUCGAGCCUUGUCCUUGUGGUCUCCCUUGUUCUUCCUUUGAUCGGCUUGUUCAUUAGGCGGAAAUGGCGGCUCUCUGUAGCCAGGCAAGCGGAGAUCAAGAGGCUUUUGAUUUUGGCCUCGGAGGAGGCCGCUAGGGCCGAGCUUGAGGCCUUGCUUGGAUACGGCACCAUUUCGGUCUCGCGGAACUAUCACCAAUGCGCAGUUUGCUUUUGUCCUACUACAACGCGGUGCGCCCGCUGUAAAGCCGUUCGAUAUUGUUCUGCUAAGUGUCAAAUUAUUCACUGGCGGCAAGGUCACAAGGAAGAAUGCCAUCCACCGUCCAUUGCAACACACCAGAAUCAUGAUGAAGGAAGUGAUUCUGGUCAGAAGGUGGUAGAGCAAGACCAAUAUGGAGACAGAUAUGAAAUUGAAGAAAAGCAGCAUACAAAGCCAACUGAAACAUCCUCCACAAAGCCUGCAUUGUCUAAUUCCACUAGCUCUUCUGUGGUUUUACAUGGGAAGGAUGAUGAUAUAAAGGUUGAGUUCCAUGCUGAUGGGGAAGGAACGAACUCUGCUUCUGAAUCUUCCAGUGUUUCAUUUUCUGGAUUUUCUUCUGCGGCUGGUAGUGAAUCAUCUGAUGAUAUUUCUGUGUGCGAGAGCAUCGGUUCAAAUGAGCCUGAUAAAUUUGAUAGAUCUUCAUCUGCUGAUGCUAAUCUUGACAAGUUUUGGACUGCCUCUGGUGUCAAUGAUGUGGAUCAAACCAAUCCAUCAUCCCCAAAAUUUGUUAGGUUGGUUGAUUCUGUAGAUAAAUUUACCAAAUUAAAUAAAUUAAAUCAGACAAAGCGUGAUCGAAGUGGAGAGAGUCAGUGCACAUCAACUAGUUCUUCAGGUUUGGGCAUCAGUGGCACAUGUGAGGGUUCAAUUGCAGAGCCCUGUGCAACUACUUCUGGUUUCUGGGGCAGUUCUCUUGAAUCUCUUGAUGCUGACAAUGAGUCUUUUCAGUCUACUCCUAAAGUAGCCAUUAACAGUGCCUCACUUGAUUCUGGAUCUUCCUUACAAUUUUCAUUUAAUUUGUCUGGGAAUGCUUCUUCCUCUCGUCCACAAGGCUCCAAGGCAAAAGAUGUCAAAUUGGAUGAUGCUCCUCAGGGUGCUCUUGGGAGUACCAAGGUUUCUGAUGGAGUAACUUUGUCACGAAAUAUUGGUUUAGAUGCUCGAAAGGUCAUCAACUCCCCAUCCUUGAAUUCUGAAUGGCCUAACCAUGUGGAGUGUGGCUCUAGCAGUAUUUCACAUGUCCCAAAACCUUUAGAAGUUAAAACUUCAUCACCUUCUUCCUUACAAUCUGGUUCCGAAAGUGGUUCAAUCAGUACAGAUGUUCCAUUUGUUAGUACCUUGUCAUCUUCAUGUUUUGAAAAGGCAGGCUCAAGUACUGUCAUUAAUGGCCCUAGCAAUGCUUCACAUCCAUUAAAGUCUGCUGAAGCUUAUUCAUCCAGUGCCAGAGUGCAUGCUGUUUCUAGCAUGAAAUCUGGAAAAAUUGGUGUUCAUGCAAAUGCUGCUACAUUACCUCCAGUUUCAAGUUGUUCUUCAAAUGGUCGACAUGGAUUGAAAACUUCUAUGUUGAAGGUUGUUGAUCAAUUCAGAGGAUCUAACUUGCCUAAACACUAUCCAUUGGGGGUUGGUAAUGAGGUUACUGGAAAAUAUAGUGAUAAGGGCCUUUUUCCUUAUGAAUCAUUUGUCAAGCUUUAUAAUUGGAACAAGGUGGAACUGCAACCAUGUGGCCUUGUAAACUGUGGAAACAGCUGUUAUGCCAAUGCUGUCCUCCAAUGCCUGACAUUUACUCCUCCUCUGACUGCUUACUUUCUUCAGGGACUCCAUUCCAAAGCAUGUGCAAAGAAAGAAUGGUGUUUCAGCUGUGAGUUUGAAAAUCUGAUUUUGAAGGCCAAGGAUGGGAAAUCUCCACUAUCCCCUAUAGGAAUACUUUCCCAACUACAAAAUAUUGGAAGUCAACUUGCUAAUGGGAAAGAGGAAGAUGCACAUGAAUUUUUAAGGUAUGCCAUCGAUGCAAUGCAAUCUGUUUGUCUUAGAGAAGCUGGGGUGGAUUCAUCAGGUUGUUCAGAAGAAGAAACAACUUUAGUAGGCCUAACAUUUGGAGGCUACCUUAGGUCAAAGAUAAAGUGCAUGAAGUGUCAAGGCAAGUCUGAGCGUCAUGAAAGAAUGAUGGACCUUACAGUGGAGAUUGAAGGCGACAUAGGAACCUUGGAAGAGGCUCUUCGGCGGUUUACAGCAACUGAGAUUCUGGAUGGAGAAAAUAAGUAUCAAUGUAGCAGAUGCAAAUCUUAUGAGAAGGCCAAAAAGAAGUUGACAAUAUUAGAGGCUCCCAAUGUCCUUACAAUUGCUUUGAAGCGAUUUCAGUCAGGUAAAUUUGGAAAGCUUAAUAAAGCGAUUCGGUUUCCUGAGAUUUUGAACUUGGCACCAUAUAUGAGUGGGACAAGUGAUAAAUCACCCAUAUACAGGCUCUACGGGGUGGUGGUCCACUUGGAUAUUAUGAAUGCUGCAUUUUCGGGUCACUACGUGUGCUAUGUUAAAAAUGUUCAAAACAAGUGGUUCAAGAUUGAUGACAGCACAGUAACAUCCGCGGAACUUGAAAGAGUUCUGACUAAAGGGGCAUACAUGCUUCUUUAUGCAAGGUGCUCACCCCGAGCCCCAAGAUUGAUAAGGAGCAGAAAUAAGACCAUUCCAUCGAGGGUCAAUUCAAAGAAUCUGUCAAAGUCUAGUUCUUCAACACAUUCUAGUCUUGAUGAAAGCUACCCUAGUUCAAUUCAUCCAGACUUUCCGGGGAGCAUUGAAUCUCUUUAUUCAAAAUACAAUCCGCUGCAAAGGAUUUCGGAAGAGGACUCAUCAAGUGAUAGUUCUUCACUUUUUAGCAGCAACUCUGAUGAAGGUUCCUGCUGUACUGAUAGCACACGAGAUUCUACCAGUGCUGAUGACUUGUUGGAUUCUGUAUUUGGUGAUUCAAUACGUGGUUGGAACAGUCCCUGGAGGAGUUCAGAUUCCGAUGCUUCUUCAUCUUCCUCAUCUUCUCCCCUUUACUCAAGGCAUUCACCCCUUGCUGAUUUAGACCGAUAUGCUUCAGGUUCGCCUGAAACUUGUGGCUCUCAAGUGGAAUAUACUGAUUCAGCCGCAGAGAAUGUUCCUUUGGACAGACGACCCAGUGGGAGUAGCGGGAGGCAAAAGGAUGAGGAAGGUAAGGGAAAUCAUCCUUUUUUCCACUCUGACACGAGUAAACAGUGUAGAAAGAUAGGUAGUAGUAGCUCUAGGGAAACUGACUCGGAGAGAUUAGGACGGGUUAACCCUCUAAAUGAUGUAUCUUUUAGAAGAUCAACAAGGGAAAGAACCAAUUAAAAAAAAAUUAUUUCAAGGUAGUUUUAUUUGGGAGGGGUUGUAUGUAUGUAAUGUACUCUUGUAGCUGGCUUUGUUUAAAGAAGCAGCCAUCACCAUUUUGUUCAUA